AUGUCCACACCAAAUGCUGGAAGCUCAUCUUCAUCUUCAACAUCUAACCUUAAUCCUAAUCCCAAUCCCAAUACAAAUCCACCUUUAUUACCAUGGGCAUUUUCAGAUUGUCCCUUGGACAUACUAGUGGAAUUGUUGUCUCACAUGUUGGAACUUCUCAUCAAACAUAACGAUCAAGUUGUCUUGACUCCAGAUGCGUUGACUAGGUUUCAUUCGAGAGCGGCUCCUGGAAUUAGCGUUAAAGACUAUUUAGGAAGGAUAGUUAAAUAUACGAAUUUGGAGAAAAUCCCUCUGUUAUCCCUCUUGGCGUACAUAGACACGACAUGUACCAAUCUCCCCACAUUCACUCUCUCUUCCCUGACAGUUCAUCGAUUCCUCAUCGCUUCAGUUUGUGCAGGAUCGAAAGCCCAAUGUGAUGUUUUCUGCACGAAUGCUCAUUAUGCUAAAGUUGGUGGAAUCAAAACACAGGAGUUGAAUGCACUGGAAAGAGAGUUACUGAGGGUUACCAAAUGGGAUUUAUGUUGUCACGCAGAUCAACUACAGAAAUACUACACAUCCCUCAUUCGUUCUCAUGGUGGAUACAUCCAAUCUCCUCCCCCAUCAAUUCCAGCUUUCCUACCGUUCCCCAGAUCCCGUUCCAAACCACGUACGACAGAUCCAUCACCUACGCCCGAAGGCAGUGUACCACCUGAAGUAGAAGGUGAUCCACCAGAUGAGGACGAUGUCAUGGGUGAUGGCGAAUCAGACAUUGAAUCAGAAGAUGACGAUAUGGAGAGACGAGGGGGUAGAGUAGAAGAAGGAGGAAUGAUGGUAGAGGGAAACAGUUCACCCAUAAGAGGUAGAAAACGUAUAAGAUCAAGAUCACGACCGGAUUCAUCGUCUGGACCUGGUAGAAUGGAAAUUGAUUCUGAACCUAUGAGUAUACCUAUGUCUCAACAUCCGCAUCGAAAAGGACCUGAAGAAGGAGCAGAAGCAGAACCAGAACAAUCUUCAUCAACGUCACCUUAUUCUAUAGCUUCAUCUUCUUCGAUACCAUCUUCAUCAAAAUCUUCGAUUAAAAACGGUAUAACAGGAGGGAGUAGUAUGAGGAGAAAAUCAAGAUUAGUUUCUAUCAGUGAAUCGAAAAUUGCCGAACCAAAAAUAGAUACAACUCCAGCCAUAGCUAGUCCUUCUUCUUCAAACACAAGUAAAAAUGGGAAUUCACCUGCAAGUCAACGUUUACGAUCAGGAUCAGGAUCGGGGUUAGGAUCCGUAAAUGGUUUAAACUCGAAUACACAGCCACAUACUCAAAUUCACGAACAUGGUCAUCUUGAUGAAUUGACAUCACCAACAUCGAUAUCAACAACAGCACAUGCAGAUAAUGUAUCAGCUCCAAUACCUACACCGCCACGUGAAUCGGCAUCAUUCAAUACGGCGGCGACAACCCACUCAGUUGCCAGUUCUUUAUCUGGAACAUCUCAUCAAUCUCAUUCGCAUUCUCACACAAGUGGCAAAUUACUCAAAUCUUUAGUUGGAGGUAUAUUUAGAAGAAAGUCAUCAACUGGUGAUGUAGGUAGUGAAGGAUUAUCGAUAUCUUCGAACCAUUCAUCAGGUACAACAAUACCUUCGUCAAUGGGAGUAGGAGGUAAACUGAAAAAUAAAUCAAAUAGUCAUAAUGUAAUCUCCUCGAAACCAAUCUCACACCAACAUCAACAACCCACUACUACAUUUCCUCCGCCAUCUAAUCCAGCAUCACAAUCGCAAUCGCAAUCAAGACAUUCCUCGGGUAUAUCAGCGUCACGACCAAUCUCAACUUCACCUAGAUUACCCACUUCACCAAGGUACACUCAUCAUUACCAUAACGGUAACCAGAAAUCAGACUCAGUUCCUGGCUCACCAAAACCGGGUUUGGCUAAACCCGUCACGCCAAAAGUAAGAACUCGUGAUGAGACUAGUUUAGAUCCGAAGGAUAGGAUAAGCAUAGGUCUAGGUGAUCCUAUACCUUUGGGUGUUGGAAGUGAUGAAAUGGAUGGUAAAAGAAGUAAAAUGCCUUAA